AUGUUUCUGUCUCUAAACACCCACCACCACGCCAGCAAAAUCAAGAAGCAGACUGAAGUGAGGAAGACGGAGAGCAGGGAGGAGGGUGAUGAAGCAGGUGACAAAUUUUCCACAGAGUUAGUCACCUUCUGCCAAGAAUUCAGCCCCACCGUGCAUGAACUGAGAAGGCUGCUGGCAGUGAAACUGGGGGCUACGAGCUGGCAUAAAGUGAGCGGAAAGCUGCAAAAAGAAGAUUGUCGAAGAGAACACGGUGAAUGGGAACACCGAGCUAACGUGGACUACCGGACAGCUGUUGAGGAGCUGGCUGAAGCUAUAAAAAUAGCAUUCCCAGCGCGCGUGGACACAGCGAAGAUUGGCAACUGCUGCCAGAGCAGAGAGGAGUCUGUGCAAGACUAUUACAACCGUCUGUAUUUGAUUUUUAAUAAACACAGCGGAUUAACUGAGCCAGAGGAACGAGAAAAUCAACCUGACACAUGGGAGUGUCAUCUGCGAAGCUGGUUUCUGAAUGGACUGAGACCUGAGAUUGCGCACGCAGUCAAAACCAGCUACAUUGAAUGGAAAAGUGGACGAUUAUCUGCUGUUUUAGCACAUGCUUUGCACGCGGAAGAGCUGCAGACAGCGAAGAAGGAAAGGACUAAAGCCAAGACGGACAAAGAAUGGCAGCUGGCCUUGUUGCAAGUCGUAUCGAGGCCUGGGGGCUCUUCUGUGCAGCGAAAUCAGCAAGCAGGAGGGGGGAAAAGACGAGGAGGAAACUACACGAAGGGGACUGAAGGAAAUUCUGAGAGAUGGGGUUGUUGGAUCUGCGAGACUGAUGAUCAUACGACCAGAAAGUGCACCAAAUGCAGACUGUGCAAGAAGGAUGGUCAUUGGGCCAGGGAGUGCCCAGAAAACCAGCAAAAUCAAGAACGGAGAGCAGGGAGGAGGGGUCCAGGGAGAGCAGCCAACAGCCACAAGUGAAAGCUGCGCAGGGGAAAGUUGCUGAAACCCCCUUGCACGACCUAACACCAGGUGAUUUCGUGGUGGUACGAGAUCUGAGAAGGAAAAGC